GGGCUGUUAUCUCGCACCUUUUAUCUUUCUAGUGCAGAGCAAUGCCUCCAAUGAAGCUCGACACCUCGCGCUCGAUUUUUAAAAAAUGCGAAUUCUCAAAGAACGGCAAAGCCCUGGUUCCCUAAACACACCGAUUCUUCCCAUCAGUUGUUUAUAGCUUCGCUGAAAUUCGUUCCAUUUGGUUUUUGUCUUGUUAAUACUGUGCAAGACGUGUUGCAAAUGGUUUCUCCAAGUGCCGGGAUCCAUUUGCAGCAUCACCGGCGAUGGCUGCCGGCGAAGUUUCCGUACCCACUCAUCGUCUUCAUGGUGCUUUGGAUGCUUGUUUUCGGGUCUAUCUUCGCAUGGCGAACUAAUUCCGUUGACGUCAUCCGGCACUCAGGACGAGCGACCCCGCCGAGACGGCCCGUGCCGAAGCUUCGGCCUAUGGUCUUUAACCUAAAGGACUUCGAUGCGGUGGGAGAUGGGAAAACGAUGAAUACGGAGGCUUUUGAACGAGCGGUGGAAGCGAUCUCGAAGCUCGCGAAUAGCGGUGGGGGCCAGCUCAACGUGCCGCGAGGGCGGUGGCUCACUGCUCCGUUCAAUCUAACAAGCCACAUUACGAUCUUUCUUGAAGAGGAUGCUGUUAUUCUUGGGAUUCAGGAUGAGAAUUACUGGCCUGUAUUGCGUCCAUUGCCUUCUUAUGGAUACGGAAGGGAGCAUAUAGGACCUCGAUAUGGAAGCCUGAUCCAUGGUCAGCAUCUUGAGGAUGUUAUGAUUACAGGAUACAACGGCAUAAUUGACGGGCAAGGUCAAUCAUGGUGGAUUAAGCAUAAGAAUAAGCUACUUAAUUAUACUAGAGGUUCUCUUGUGCAGUUCAUGUGGUCUAAAGACAUUGUGAUCUCCAACAUUACUCUUCGUAAUUCUCCUUUCUGGACCAUUCAUCCCUAUGACUGCAGAAAUGCGACCUUUUCAGGUCUCACCAUCUUGGCUCCACUCCGUGAAGCUCCAAACACGGAUGGUAUUGAUCCAGAUUCCUGCAAAAACGUGUUGAUAGAGAACUGUUUCAUCAGCGUGGGGGACGACGGCAUCGCCAUCAAGAGUGGCUGGGAUCAGUAUGGUAUCGCCUACGCUCGCCCUUCUCUCAACAUCAUAAUUCGUAACGUCACCCUUCGCUCCAUCAUCAGCGCCGGGCUUUCCAUCGGCAGUGAAAUGUCCGGCGGCAUCGCCCACGUGAUAGCAGAGAACGUCCGCAUUUUCGACUCGCUGCGUGGAAUCCGCAUCAAAACAGCCCCCGGUCGCGGCGGCUACGUGCGUGGCAUCGAAUUCCGCAAUCUCACUCUCGACAACGUGCGCACCGGCAUCGUGAUCAAGACGGACUACAACGAGCAUGCGGAUGAGGGGUUCGACCCGAAAGCGCUUCCGGUCAUUGAGAGAUUAUCGUUCGAGGGAGUGAGAGGGCGCGGGGUGCGAGUGCCGGUGCGUAUGCAGGGCAGCGAGGAGAUUCCUCUGCGGGCGGUAUUGUUCAAGGAUGUGUUGGUUGGGAUCAGCUACAAGAAGAAGCGGAUCUUUCAGUGUUCGUAUGUGGAGGGGAGGGUGGUUGGGUCAGUCUUCCCUGCGCCAUGUGAGGAACUUGAUGUUUGUGAUGAGGAGGGACGGCUUGUCCGGGCCGCCACACACAAGAACGUUACCGCCGCUGUCGAGGAUGAUGGGUAAAAUAUCUCUGACUCACAACCAUUCGGAGUCCAAUGAAAUCAAACCAUGUGGCGGUGAUUGAAAAAAAAAAAUCGGCCCGGUAACACGGAAAUAUUUGCUCUGUGUUAUUCCGUAUUAUUCAGUUGUUAUUAUAUGUUAUUCAGAUAUUAUUGUGUUAUGGGAAUGUU